GAUUACAGCUUGACGACAUUUGACCCUUGUUUCACCGCGGUUUGAUGUGGGUGUGAUUCUUAUCUGGUGACACGCAGCGUUGGUUGCCUAGAUCGUGAUUUAUAUGGGCGUCAUUGGGCGUGCGCGACAAACGGGUUGUCCUGUUAUCGUUCCGACCAAAGAGUUUACUUAUACUCUUCGGUUUCCGACAGUCUGUCUAACCUUCAAAUCCGCCAGUGGAAAUUGACAUCGGUAAACUAACCUACAAUGUAUACGCCGGACGCGGAGGAGAAGCGUAAUGGACGGCAAAACUGACAACUGACUGAUAUUGAUAGUGUGAAAUUGCGUAGGGAAAAAAUCCGCACCGUUAACAUGAUAGACUCAAUAUCGUGGAACAGUGCGAGGGAUGAGGCAAUUCAUCGAACGGUCGGAGAAGCGCAGCUAAAAAAGUAUGGUAACUUUUUUAACAAAUCAAUCGAGGAUUCAAGCUGGGUUCCUGACACAUCUCUGAAAUACGUCAUCCAAGGGCCGAUCCAUCUCGUUUACAACCCCCGCGAGGACAUUACCAUAAUGGACAUGGUAGAAAUGGAGAACAAAACAUUGGCCAAGCUUCUCGCGGCGGUCGCGGGUACUUGCAGGGAAAUCAGACUACUGAAAAUCGAAGGUAAUAAAUUCUACCAGAGGCUACUCACCCAGGGCGAACGAUGCAGUGUUGACGAAAAGGGGGACGACGUCAAUGUCUUGUUAUCAAUUCUGCAGGACCUGUCAGCAUACGUCAAACGGGUAUCGCUUGUCGCAAAUUUGACCAUCCAGCAGCUGUCGAAUCUGACGGGCAAUGCCUAUGAUAUAUACUUUCCACUGGUCAUUGAACAUCUGGUUGACUUAUUUGUAACAUUUGUAACUCUAGAUGAGAUCAUCGUCGCUCAACCUUCGCUACUCGAUACUUGGGAUCAGUACUGCGUCCGCGCUAGCACAAUGCUCCACAAUUCUGAGCAAUUCAAUAUACCUGGCUCAAAGUUACGUACUUUUGAAAAGCUGCUGAAAGAUCUGCGCCAUCAACUUUUGGCUAACAAUUUAUUUCUCGGAGCUAUCGAUAGGGCGAUGGAUGUGAAAAAAAGCCCAAUAAUGCAGAAUCACUUCGCUUGUUACCUGAAAAAUACUAUGCUGGAUGUGGAAAAGAAAGCCAGUGACAAUUUAUUGUUUAACAAAAACUGGAUACGUACAAAUGUAGGGGUCGUCGUCAUUGUCAAAUUGUUCGGAACUGUAGAUAAGAAGAUUCUUAAGAGGCUUUGCGAAAUGAAUAAAAAAUACUACUCUAUUACUCUGAUUGGCAAUAUUAUCUGGAUUCCAAAUAAAUUUUUGGCCAAUUCAGUCCCAAAAGAAUUUGGCUUGGUAGUCGGUUCGCAAGCCGGGGAAAAGAUCCUUGCCUCUAAGAUCCAAAGAUUGCCAGAGGUCACAAAUUCCCUGGCUAGAAGGGCGACCCAGUGGUCAGUCGAGAUGCAGAACAUUAUCGUGCAUCCUGUUGAGAAAUUUCACCAAUCUGAUCUGGAAAGAAGGUGCUGUAUGCUUAUUGAGUUUGUAAUCCUGGUGCAGCAGGUAAAAGAGAAUAUAUUUUUCACCACCAAUCUUCACGCUGCUCUGCUGAAACCAAUGAGCCGAAACAUUGUCCAGCUUGUAUGCAGACUCAUAGAAAUGCAGAAGUCACUUGAAACAACGUUUUACACUUUCGGCUCAGUCAUUAUUCAGUCCCAGAGCCAUGUUAUCCAGCAUCUCUGUUAUCAAAUAUUGGUCAUCCUCGAAACGGCCAAGAGAGGACUGAUGCUUAGCAAGGACAAAGGAUACAGCAGGGAGCAGCUCGAUACUAUGACAUUGAUAGGCCUUGGUAUGAGACUAAUGAACGGUCCCCCGACAGACGACAGGAGGCUGAUAACACGCUGCGCUCUGGCAGCUGCUAGCCAACUGACAGACAGCUUCAAAGAGGAAGAACUAGUCAAAUUGAGGGGAUAUCUGGACGCCUACGAUACUAUCGCAGAAUUACAUGACCUGGUUAGGCAGGCUUGCGAUUACUCUAGCGUACUCUAUCAUCGAAGCAUGCUGCCCGCUUACUUGAGCAUGGUCAUAGAUGGCAACUCAGAUAUAAGUCGGAUUGUUCAUUUACUCGGUGCACUAAAUAGUGCAGUAGCGGAUCACGAGCCUCCCAACUCCGUGGGAAGCAGAAAUAAAGAGCAUAGGGAAAUGCUAGUGAAAAAUGUGCUAGAACCAGCCUGUCACGAGAUUGAAACCAGCCUGAGGUUACAUGUUCACGCGCAUCUCAAGCUGGAUGACUCGAAUCCAUUCAAGAUUGGUGCUGUUAAUUCCAACAGGAUAGUCAGAGCCUCUCCACUGCCUGUUGCUGAUAAUUUCUUAAGCCCAAAGAGGUUCAUCGAACAUUAUUUGGACAGCAUGUUUUACAAUCUCACCACCGUGGCUCUACAUGACUGGAGGACGUACGGAACAAUGCGGAGAUUAGCUGGCUAUAAACUGAAUCUAGAAAUGGUUCAGGAUCAUUUACCAACACAGAAUUUGGAACAGGGUUUAGAUGCGCUUGAAAUAAUGAGAAAUAUAGACACAUUCGUUGCCAAAUACUUGUACAACUUAAAUACACAGACUUUCAUAGAGCGUACUAGUACUAAUAAAUAUCUGAACACAAUCGGGAUAAGGCACAUAGCGAACUCGAUCAGAACCCAUGGCAACGGAAUAAUGAGCACUACAGUGAAUUUCGUCUAUCAAUUUCUCCGUGCGAAGCUACACACAUUUUCACAAUUCCUAUUUGAUGAACAUAUAAAAUCACGAUUAAUACGAGAUAUCAGAUUCAUCAAAUUACAGAGAGAGAGCAGGGCGACUCCUUAUACAUAUGAGAGAGCUGAGAAGUUUCAGAAGGGUAUACGCAAGCUUGGAAUGACGACGGAUGGUCUCAGUUAUCUAGAUCAAUUUAGGAUUCUGGUAUCUCAAAUAGGGAAUGCCCUUGGUUACGUUAGACUGAUUCGGUCUGGGGGUUUGGACGCUUGUUCCAACGCGAUUGCUUUUCUUCCCACAAUUAAUUCUGACACUGUGUUUGAGUCGACAUGUAAGAAGCUGGACUUUACAAUAACUACACAAGCUGCCGGAAAGCGGCUCGACGAUGACAUUGCAAAUUUAGUGCAAAGCUUCACGGAAGGAACACAAUACUUCAGACUACUGGUAGAUGUAUUCGCUUCUGCAUUCCGCGAUACAAAAAACGUCCACUUACAACAAUUUUACGCCAUCAUUCCUCCACUCACACUCAGUUAUGUCGAUAAUGCUCUGGGAAACAAAGAGAAAAUGUCUAAAAAGAAUAAGACCGGGGCAGCAUUUACCGACGAUGGAUUUGCAAUGGGAGUCGCAUACAUUAAUGCCCUUCUUGAUCAGAACACGGAAAUAGACGGACUUCAGUGGUUCAAAACCGUCGAGGAACAAAUGACUCGAGAAAGAAUAGCGGCGCAGCAUAAAGACGAUUGUGGCGACGAAAAAUUACAACAGACUAGAGCUUUAACAUUAAAAUGUCUGGCAGAAAGAAAUGCUGAGUUUCAACUUCUCUAUUACAGCCUUUCGGGCGCGCGAGUAUUCUUCAAGCAGCCGGAUACGUCUUCCCUCUGAGUCAUUAGCUAUAAGUUUCAAUGUUAAAUUUGAAAAACACGUUUGAAUAUUAUAACCAAGCGUAUAAUAGGGACUUUCAUAACAAGCAUAUAAUACCAUGCUCUGUAUUACGAAAUAUACAAUUUUUAAGUAACUCAAAUAAACGGCUAAGUUUAUACUGA